UUCAUUCCUCUUUUCCGGUUAUGGUUAGUUCACGUAAAUUACCGUGGAUAUUCAAGUUGUUCUUGUUUACAGGGUUGCGUCUACAAUACCAUUGUUCAUGUGGGUUUCUGAAAGCGUUUAGACGUUUCACAGUUUUAUUCCAAGGAGCUGUAAUAGCUUGCUAAAGCUUAGGUGGUCGCAAACGGACAUACUGCUAAGGUGCUGUUGCAUGAGCAUAAAGCUAAGUUAGGUCCGUCAACUUUGGCGCCUGGGCUGCUUACCACAACACUGGAUGCCUCCAUGGUCGUCAGGUAACCUUCACAGCAACUUCGGCGUUCAUUAUCCUGCUGAAUGCUAUCAAUCCAAACGAGUAAACUGUACUGGUAUCACAUUUAUAUGUUCUGCAAGGUGAUCAAAGAAUCCCAUUCACAAUAUCUCUGUAAGAACAAGAGCAGUGGAUAAGAUCAAAACAGAAAAUAAACAAAUGGACACUAAGUUGGUGUUGUUAUAAUACGUUUUUACAGAUUUAUGUGUCCCCUUCUUGUCUUUCCUUUGACAGCAGCAUCAGGCAGCUAGAACCGCACAAAUCUUGCGGUAUUAAUCUUCAAUACAUUAUUAUUAAAAUGUUUUUUCUCCCUCAGAGAGAAAUUAUUUCUCCCUUGGUGUCAAACCUUUAAAAUUUUGGGAAAAUUCCUCCCUAAUAAUUUUAUAUUUUUCCUCCCUUUUUGUUAAGAUGUUUUCGCUAUCCCUGCCUGCAGUCAUCACUCAGUCUCUCCUUCUCCUCACAGUAUCCAGACGUGACCCUCCGCAGUGACACAGGGCUUAGCCAUGCUGAUAUGACAACAACAAAAUAAUAGAAUGCAAUUCUCCUGUGGACUCUAUCAAGCUAUCGAGUGGUUUCAGAGAUUGAGAGAGAAGAUGAACCCUUAACAUAGAAACCCAACCUAAAUCCUCCAGAGAUUUUAACGUUGCUUUGCAUUGAAUACAAUUAUCUUUAAGACACUUCAAUAUACUGAACAGUGUUACAUGUUUACAUUAAAGUUACAAAUGGGCACAAGGCUAAAACAGUUAUCAGUUAUAUUGUUAUUCCAAGUGAAGACAUAAAUGCAAUUUAUCAGAAUUAACCAAAGUCAGUAAUCAACUUUUUGGCUACACCUUUAAAAUAGCUACUGACAAGUACAGUUCCCUAGAAAUAGCAGAAAGGGCCCUAAGUCGAAUCCACACAGAGAAAGAAGAUGGCCCCUGAGAUCCAGACCGUGGUACGUACGACCCAAGCCUGGCUGAAGGCCUCCCGGCAGGUCCAGGUGCCCUUUGCGUGGCUGGAGGCCUGCGUGGAGUGGCUACAGGAAGAGGCCGGUGGCGCUGGACGUCUGUCACAGCAGCAAAUUAACCAACAGGCGCUGGAUCAGUGGCUGAUGACGGACCUGAGGGACCUGGACUACCCUGCUCUCCCUGAAGGACUCGCUGGGGCCCAGAAGACCGAACUCAGUGGCACCUUCUGUGUCCAGGUGGAUUCAUUGCUGGACGUCAGUCAGCCUGCGUACGUUCAGCUGCAGAAGUUGCGGGGCACAGACUGUGUCAACGAUGAGGUGUCUGCCGUCACACAGACCACACAGAGGUCUUGGGAAGCCAGACCGACCCGGAUGCUAGUACUGCAGGUGACAGAUGGAGUCCAGAGCUUAGAGGCUAUUGAGUAUCAGCCAAUCCCUGCAUUCAGUGCUGCACUCAGGCCUGGUGCAAAGCUGCAGUUGCAGGGACGGAUAGUGUGCAGACUGGGGAUGCUGCUGCUGGGGCCGUCCAACGUCAAAGUCCUGGGUGGUGAGGUGGAGGACUUAGUGGACAGGAAUAAGCAGGGCCGGGUGCUGUGUCGGACACUGGGUCUUCCUGAAGAGCAGCAGCAGCCGCAGCAAGAAGAGGCUCCACCAGCACCACAACAAGUUGACGAUGGAAUAGAAGACCUGGAGCUGGACGACGCAGCGUUGUUGGCCAGUCUUGAGGACCAGGAGGAGGUGCAGAGGAUUCAGGUCGGGUCUGAUAGUGGCUACGGGACACACAGUGAGCCCUCCACUCAGUUCUCCAGAAGCUCCUUGGUCGGGAGCUUUGGCUCCACAGCCUCAUCCAGAAGUGAAGCCUCCAUCCCUUCUUACAGAGGUGGUUUGACCCAGAGAAGCAGAGGUGGUCCAGUACAAGGUCAGCUCUUCGAACAAGAGGCUCCAGACCUCUUACCCUCCGACAACGAGAAUCAACCAGAGGUCCGGGCUCGCAGCAUCGCAGAAGAAGACUUUCCAGACGAAGACUUUGACGAUCUUCCCCUGGAUGAGUUGGACAGUGUACUCUUUCAGGAAACUACUAUUGUUAGUGCACAGUCAGACAUCAGUCACAGAAGCACACAGCAGAAUAACAGCAGAACAACAGGAAAGCCACAGGGUUUGCACAGUACCACAAAACCCCAAACUGCACGGAUUGAGCAGCGCACAGCAAACCGCUUGGGGUCCCAGUUUGGUUCUGACAAAUUCAGAUCCACCACACAGAAAAGAGACUAUGAAAGCUGCAAUAAAGGAGAGUUUGUAAGGAAUGAUGUGAAUAAUGUUAUUGGUGAGGACAUGGACUGCUCUCUUUUAGAAGAAGAAAUCUAUGAAGUUCAACCAGGGAGGACUGGAGGACAAAAUCCGCUUCCCGACCAACAAGGACUUGGAAGAGAGAGAGACUCUGAAAGAAAAUCGUCUCAAAAAGAUCCACCGAGUGACGGCACAGUCUCUGCUCUCACUCUCACCUCGCCACCUUUCACGUACUUGUGCCUGCUAGAAGACCUGAAGACCACAGCACACCCCCACACCAUGGAGAUCCGCGUCAAAGCUUUCAUCGUGACCCUCUCGGGGAAAUUGAGCAGCAGCAACGGCGGUUGGAGCAUCUGCGCCUCGAUAUCUGACGGGACCGAUUACCUGGACGUGGAGCUGUCCGAUAGGGUUUUAACCGGCCUGCUGGGUUUCUCCGUUGCGGAGAAGGCAUCUCUGAAGCGCGACCCGGCGCGAAGGGGUGAGCUCGACGCCGGGAUGAAGAGAUGUCAGGAGGGGCUGGUGGACAUGUGCUGUGUUAUGACAAUAGUAGUCCCACCAGAGGGAAGGAAAGCUGUGGUAACUAAGGCAGAGCAGGUCAGUGAGAAGGUACGGCAGGAGCUGGAGCAGAGGGCUAGAGGCGGGAGGAAAGUUAAUGAAAAUUAGAUGGAAAGUUAUGUUCUUGAUUGGAGAUGAAGGAUAUCCUCAGCACAUUUGUACUGCCUGAGACAUGAAACUGAGGUAUUUUUUGGGAUUGGUGAUCUAUCUGCCCUUCUGCUUCAGAUUUAGAGAGCAGAAUGUGUGAACUGGAUGUCUGGUGAUCACCGAGCGGUGUGUCGCAAUGCCUCCCAUCUGCUAUAUGUGAAUAUGACAUUCUGUCAUUAGAGGAUUUCAUUCAUCUAUUCAAAGAGCUAUUCCCUGCUCAAAAUGCGAGUCAUUGCCAGGCAAAGUAAACAGACUAAAGAUGGAACAUUUUAUCUAAAGGAUACGUGUCAAUGAUGGGUUGUUCGCAUAUUAAUUCCAGUGUUGAGCGUCCCAGAAUGUAUGUGACAUUUAUAACUAUGCAAAGAUGAGAGUGAGACAUUUGAGAUGAGGAAUGAAAAAAAAUCAUCCUCUGAUUGUUGUAAUUCAUUUCCAGCCGUUGCAUUCGUUCAGCUCAUCCAUUCUGGCUGGAAAACUGAUCAAAUAUCCAAGGGCAGCGUGGGUCUUGAAUAAAGUCUCCCAGGGGAGAAUGAGAGGAAAUUAAGGUAAAGGGGAGGCCAUGAUCUUCGAUGAUUUCUCCUCGUUAUUGAGCCUCAUUUAUGUUAUUGUCUUUGAUGAGCACAUUUACCACAGAUGUGACAUCUAUGCCUAUAUUUACUGUAUAUUGAAAUAAAAUUGUUCUGGAGGUUUUACCCUUUUCUUUCCCACUCUUCACUGACUAAUGAAGCCGGGGCUCGCUGCUAAUUUCACAUCACCGUUUCUCCUCGUCAAGUGAGUAUUGUAUUGAAUUAGAUGGAUAACCAGACAAACCAGGGGAGAAUGAGAAGAAAUUAAGGUAAAGGGGAGGCCAUGAUCUUCGAUAAGUUCUCCUCAUUAUUGAGCCUCAUUUAUGUUAUUGUCUUUGAUGAGCACAUUUACCACAGAUGUGACAUCUAUGCCUAUAUUUACUGUAUAUUGAAAUAAAAUUGUUCUGGAGGUUUUA